GGAAGGCUGACCAGAAAAUAUGUUUCACCUUGAGUUCUAGAAAGGACUUGUCUGUUGGAGACUAGAUCCAAGCUAUGUCGUGGAAGUUUCCAAUGCAAACCUAUAUGGACAGCUACGUAAUCGGCAUACACCCUCCCCACUACUGUUCGGUGACAAGGACGUAUAAAAGAUUUUAUCUACCCGUGACUUAUAGUGUUGUCUUCAUACUGGGACUAACUCUGAAUGGGUUACUACUCUGGCUGGUGUGCAGUCGCACACGCAGGUGGAGCUGCUCGGUGGUCUACAUGGCCAACCUGGCAGUGGCGGACCUGCUCUACGUGCUGGCGCUGCCCCUGCUCAUCAUCAGCUAUGGCAUGGACGACCUCUGGCCGUUUGGGGACAUAAUUUGCAAGGCCGUGCGGUUCUUUUUCUACACCAACCUUCACUGUGGAAUGAUGUUCCUGAUGUGCAUCAGCGUCCAUCGGCUCUUGGGUGUAUGCUAUCCCAUUAAGGCCAUGCGCUACCGCACUAAGAGGCUUGCUGUCAUCGCCUCAAGCAUGAUCUGGAUAUUGGUGACCGCAGAAGUUUUGCCGACAUUAGUUUUCGCCCACACCGGCUUCAUCAACAAUAUGACGGUCUGUUUCGACAUGACCAGUCCAGGAAAAUUCAAGCAGUAUUUCCCCUACGGUUUGUUUCUGGCUAUAGUAGGGUUUAUAAUUCCUUUUCUGGUCAUCCUCAUUAGUAACUGUUCAAUGGUGAGAGUUUUAUCCAAACAGCAAAGCGACGGUUGCUCAAAUGGCACAGCGAUGCGCAACAAGUCUAUUCGCACCUUGCUCGUUGUGUCUCUAAUCUUCGUUGUGUGUUUCGGGCCGUAUCAUAUCACAAGGACCCUUUACUUGUUCGUGCGAGUUUACAUGCCCAGCAAUUGUAAAGUUCUCAACGUGGUUAUGUUCAGCUAUAAGAUAUGGAGGCCCAUCGUAAGUGUACACUGCUGUAUCAACCCCAUACUCUACUUCAUUGGCUCCAACAGAAAACGCAAGCUUUUCUGGACUGUUUUAUUCCGAAAGCGAGUGCAUCCUACUGUGUGCACAGUGCAAGCUCAAGAGCAGGCCGAGAAAAAUUAAACCGGAGCAUCUGGUAGUGGGAAGAGUGGAUGAAUUUCCUGGACACUCACAGAUAGAAACUCAACAAAACUGGGUUGUACGGGACAUCUUUCGUAAUUACACCUUUCUGAUUUUUUUUAGUUCACUCUCUCCGUCCUCAUGCGGAUGCAUAUUUAUUGUUAAGUGUUUUUGAUUGAAGAAGCAUAAUUAAUUGAUCAAUAUGUGGCUCAAAUCUAAAGACUAAAACUGUGUGACAUGAUGGAUAUAGUAUACACUCCUUGAGGACCUACACAAUUGUAGAACGAUUUUACAUUUUAUUUCAUUCUUUGUGGUGUUGAUGCUAAUGAUGGAUG